CUUCGACUCCGUUCACCUCCAUUCACACAGUAAAUAAAAGCAUGGAGGCUCUGACUCUCGGGAUCUAAUACCGAACAGCGGGGGGUAAAGACACUGCCGCAUGCGCGCUCCCUUUCACCAAAACACACAGGAAGGAAGCAGGACGGCGGUGAACGCUUUGCCUGUUGGAUUUAACUGGUUUUCCGCGGAGGAGAGGAUUGUAGUUGGAGACAGGAGCGGGGCAGCCCGCCGUGCUGAGCAUGAAGCGGACGGCUGUAGUGGCCAGGCACAAUGGCCUCGUCUCUCCGCUGGGGAACAACAACUCCGGGGCUUCGAGCAUCGUCUCACCACCACAGCCGAGAGCCACUAGUAUCUCCGCUUGUGCCGACAGUGGUGCCGGCGGUGGGAUGGACGGCCUGCUGGAUUUCUCCAAAGGCCCCACCGUCAAAACCGAGCUGGUCUGUAAAUGGAUUGACCGAACUUCUUCGAGACAGAGGCUUGGGCGGACGGCGACAUCCGUCUGCGACCAAACUUUCAGCUCCAUGCACGAGCUGGUGGACCACGUCACCACCGAGCAUGUAGCAGCGGGGCUCGAGACCCUCAGUCAUGUCUGCAUGUGGGACGAGUGUAUGCGCGGCGGGAAGGCGUUCAAAGCCAAAUACAAACUCAUCAACCACAUUCGCGUGCACACCGGGGAGAAGCCUUUUUCAUGCGCAUUUCCCAACUGCGGCAAGAUGUUCGCACGCUCCGAGAACCUCAAGAUCCACACGCGCACGCACACUGGUGAGAAGCCAUUCCAGUGUGAGUUUUGCGAACGGCGCUUCGCCAACAGCAGUGACCGGAAGAAGCACUCGCAGGUCCACACGGCUUCGAAGCCCUAUGACUGCAAGGCCCUGGGCUGCACCAAGUCCUACACCCACCCCAGCUCCCUGCGCAAACACAUGAAGGUUCACGUCAAGUUGUCACCUACCUCUGAACCCCAAGACAUGUAUGACUCCAUCCCCCAUCAACUCCAACAACCUCAUCAGGCUCUCCUCGAGCCCCUCGACCUUAAAAUUAACCGCCUCUCUCCAUCACUUGCCAAUACAAACACUCAUUUUCCUCUUCUGUCCAAUCAUGAAUUGGAUAUCAGCUCAGCCAGCAAAGUUGACCAUAAGCUGCUGCUGCGGAGUUCAUCUCCAAUGGCAAUGCCUCUGGAUCUCUCUCUGUCAGGCUUGAAGAGUCAGCUGGCCCAGAAGCAACAGAGUGGUAGGACCCCACGGAGGAGCCAGCGCUCAGUCAACCCAGCCUUACCUCAGUUAUCUAACAUUAAGGAGUGGUAUGUCUGUACGAGGAGUACAGCACCACACUUUCCUCUGCUUCACCCAGACCAUAUCAAAUCAGAACCUAGUGAUGACGAGGAGUAUGUCACGUAGGAUGGAGGAACUGGUGAAUUUGGACUUGAAGAACAUAUAUUGUCAGACCCAGGUCAGGCCAGAGGAUGCUCUGUGGAAUCAUAGUUGCUGUAAAUUUCCAGAACCAGCACUUGUAUGGUUCAACAUCAGUGGCCCGGAGAAGGCUGUGUCAGAUAGAGACUUUUUUACUCUGUCUCUAAUUCAAAACUCAGCUUGGCGAUCAUCACUAUCUGUGGACCAAAAUGCAAUGGCUCAAAUGUUGCCGGAAGGGACAUGACAAAUUCCCUGAUUAUGGUUAUCAAACAAAAAACUGCAAGUUACCCAAUCAGUGUUAGCUAGCUAACCUGAACUAACAAAGGGGAUAACAUUGUAUAAAUGGACCAGGGGAUGUGGGGUACUGCUCUGCUUGCUGUUAAAGAAUAUGAAGAGAGUGUGUGUACAUGAUGACCUCUUUAGGGAGACAGAUUAUUGACCAAUUUAUCUAAGAGCUCCAUCUAGAGAAAGCAAUUAAAAGGGCUACAUUGACACUGAUGGAAAGUGGUUAAUGUUAACCUGAGCUCACGAUAGCACUGUAUACAUGGUAACACAGCAGGUCCAAAACAGCAGGCACACUGGGUGGAGGUAAGUGUGUGCUUGUUAUGGCCUCAGUAUGUUUUAAACAAACUAGCUUGUACAUCAGAUAGUUAGAAAAAUUGUUGGAAGCAGCUGAUUGUGCUGUCAGAAAAGGGGGUUACUGACACUGUUAGGUGAUCUGACAAGCACUUUGUUUGAAGCAAACUGAAGCCUUUACUAACAAACCAUUGGUAGUAACUUGUUCAAAAGUGUUUUAUGUGAUCACAGUCUAAUCCAACACAGUAGCAAGCAGUGAAGCUGCAGUUUGAAGACAGUGGGACUGAUCCUUCUUUGUACUGAUCAUCAAGUGUCUCCUUAACCUCUUCGACUCUAUGGACCUUUCAGUGGGUUAAUCGCCUGCAUUUGUUUACACGUCAUGUACAAUUUAGUCAAGACCCCAAGGUUUCCAAAUUUAUCAUAAAUGUCAUACACAUAUUCCUUUAACAUGAAAAUGUGUAUUAAAUGAUGCACACAACAUCUUGUAUUUUCCCUUUGAUCAAAUGGUGCAGCCAUUAAAGAGUGGCAAGUGGAAACAAGCAGAAUGUAUUGUGUAAGAUUGUGGUACAGCUUGGGAAAUGUUUCAUUUGUGUUUGAAGUUACUGCAUUGAGAACACUUUAAAUGGUUAAUAAGUGACUUAUACCAAUUUGAACCUGGGAUCUAAGAAAACCUACCUGAAGCAGAUUGUUUAAAAGUAUAAUGACACAAGUUUUAAAUUCUAUUUUAAAGGAAAAUUAUGAUAGCUACAACCCAUGUCUCACAAAGUUGGUAAAACUGAAGCUGUUUUCAGAUAUGAACUUUGGACAAUGUUCAGAGAAUCUGGUCUGGACAUUAGUCUGGAGUUGCCCUUUCACUCAUGUAAUUCGUAACAAGAGAUUAUCAGUAUCAGAAGCGUUCUCUCUAACUGGAAAUACUCUGCUAAGUUAAGGCGAGUGGUGGCGUCUAGGUAGAAUGCAGGAGGCAAGACAUGAUGCAAAAAGUCUGUGGAAAUCACAGUGUUUUGUUUGUGUAGCUGGUUCAUAAUUCGGUCUUAAACAAUUCUAACCCUAGCCUUUCCUUGUCAGUCUUUACUGAUAAAAGUUCCUGAAUCUCG